AUAGACUUGAUAAAGCAGCCAGCAGGCUUAAGAGUUGAAGACAGGUCGACUGUCCGUCCGUCACUACUCACUAGUAACUUAAAAAAAUUGUUUACACUUAUAAAUAGUGCGAUUGUCGGAUUGUGUGAAUACUGAAAACAUUAGUCAUAGUGCGAUUACGACAAACAACCACGUGUGCCGUCGUCGCGCCGCUUAUACGCGUUCAAAGUUUAAAAAUAUUAAAUCACUUCUAUAUUGUAAUAUUAAUAAUCAUGUCACGUAUCACAACUUUUACUGAUGAUUUCCAUCGUUUUGAUUAACUCGUCUGAGCUACCGUCUUUAAUUUAAAAUGUUAUAGCCACAUUGCCCAGUUUGAUGUCUUCUACUUAACACAUCGACUUUAUCCAUUCAUUUUUUGCUGAUCAGUGUACAAGAACAAUUUUUUACUUUUGUCAACAUGACCAAAAUUAAAAGUGAUUCUGAAGAUAUGAAUGUUUCUAAGCCAACCAUAUCAGUCGCAUUAACUAUGGUUUCUAUUCCAUUGUCAAUGAUUUUAUGGAUUAGCAAUAUUUUAUUCCGAAAAUUUUAUGGCGAUAAUGUAAAUGAACUAAAUGAAGGACUCCCACCUCUCCGAUGGUUUAUUUCUACUUUUAUUCCACUAUUUAUUGCUGUAUGGGGUUAUACCAAACGUAGCUUAAACCUAAGCGGAGCACUAUUAGGUAUAAUUGUUGGUUUUGUAUUGACAUUGAGCAGCUAUGGAUUUCUGGCUUGUUUGCUUACAUUUUUUGUUACAUCGUCCAGAGCGACAAAAUUUCGAAGCAAAUCUAAAAAGCAAUUGGAAGCUGACUUUAAAGAAGGCGGUCAAAGAAAUUGGAUACAGGUACUAUGUAAUGGAGGCAUGGCUACUCAACUUGCACUCUUGUACAUUUUAGAUGUCGGAUGUGGUGAACUACCUAUUGAUUUCAAACGCUAUUAUCGGCCUUCUUGGUUAUCAAUUGGUAUUCUUGGUGCUUUUUCUAGUUGCAACGGUGAUACUUGGGCCUCAGAAUUAGCAACUGUCUUGGACACAGGCUCGCCUAUAUUGAUAACAACUGGAAAACCAGUUCCCAAAGGUACAAACGGAGGUGUGUCAGUUAUUGGAUUGGUUGUCAGUCUUUUGGGUGGCAUGGUUGUUGGAUUAGCAAAUUAUGCAAUGCUUAUUUAUACAAUUGAUGCAGACAUGUUGGCAAGAAGUCCUGCUCAGUGGCCAAUAAUAGUAGUUGGAGGUUUUGCUGGACUAGUUGGUAGUAUUGUAGAUUCAGUAUUAGGUGCCACUUUACAAUACAGUGGUUUUAAUCGAAAAAUAGGAACAAUAGUGGAACACCCUGGCAAAGACAUUGUGCACAUAUCUGGGAGAAGAAUAUUGGAUAAUCAUAGUGUCAACUUAAUAUCAAGUGUAAUCAUGGGAAUUUUAACCCCAAAAAUUGCAUACUUAAUUUGGCCAUAAACAUAAAUAUGAUCACUUGAGACUUUUAUUGAAUGUGACUAUUUAUUCCAUUUUAAUAGCUAGGUUAAACAGUUUUUGGAUUUGUAUAUUAUUUUAUUUUCAUUAGAGUUUGAAUUAGACUGAGUAAAAUGUUUUGUUGUAAAUAUUGCA